AUGGACAAGUUCAAGCCUCUGAAAUUAAACUUGAAGUCUGUAAACGACGAUAUUUUUUCGCUUCAAGGCGCUUCAACAACCGAAGGGUAUGAGCUCAUCAAAGCUAAGAUAGCAUCCAAGUAUCCUGCCGGAAUUUCAAAGGUUGUCGCGGAGAAAGUCGUCGAGGAGCACGUUUGGAGCUACCUUUGCAGUAUUCAUCCCACAGAUUGGAGUGUUGUCGGUAAUAUGAAGGCAACAGCAGAGGAAACAAAGUGGAUAGAGGAUAACUGGUCGUCUAUCUCAAAGCACAGCGACGCUUUGCCUCUGUUUGGUAUCCGCACUACGAGUGCUGUCCAAGGAGAGAACAACGGGCUACUAUGGGGACGUGUGCGGACACAACUUGUGCUAGGUUCAGUCAUGGCGUACUGUACACGAGCGCUCAAAGUUUUGCAAAAGCUUAAGGAGCUCGUCUAG